GAGAGAAGUGGAGGUUUUGCAGCUGGGAGCUGAGCCCAUUCCGCCUCUGCUGCCCAGCCGAGCACCCAACCCUGGCCUGCCCUUCCCCAUCGCUGCCCCGUGGGAGAGAUAAUGGCUCAGCUACUGCCCUUCGUCGUUGCCCUGUUCUUCAGGACGUGUGUGGCCGAACUUCAGAGGGACGAGGCCGAGGAGACGGAGCCGCGUGCGCCGAGCCGCGUGCUCGCGCCGUGGCUGCAAGGCCUCGUGGCAGUCAUCGGGUUCCUCUUCCUCGUCUUCGUCAUCUUCGUCGUCAACAAAGUGUGGUGCGCCGACCACGGGGAAGAUGUGUACGCAGACGUGGUGGCGGAUGUAGCGGUGGAGGUGGCGGUGGAGGGGACGGCUCGUCGGCACGCUGAGCAAAACAGCACCAGCAACGACGUCGGGCAGCACAAGGCUUUUGAGAACGCGACGCUGGAGAACGAGGAGGAAAACGUCGGAUCAGCGGAGACUACCAGCACGGCUUUCUAAAGACUCACCACACGCAGUCACGCACCACACGCACACACACGUACACACACGUACAUUGCAUAGUUUCAACUUGCAGACGCAUACAGGGAUUCAUUGAAGUUGGGUCUGUCCAGGUGUGUAAUAAACCUGUGCUGUGCCCGGCACACAACGUCGAGGGUGCCGCUCGCUAUGGCAGCAGCUACGAGACCGCUUACCGCACACGCUGGGAAAACACUGAGUGAGAAACGAAGCCCUCUAUGUAUGCACACACACACAACACGUGAACCCUGACAUGCGUGUGCACUUACACACGUGCGCACACACCACUAACACGCGUGUACACCUAGGCGCACAUACACACACACAACACGUGAACCCUGACAUGCGUGUGCACUUACACACGUGCGCACACACCACUAACACGCGUGUACACCUGGGCGCACACACACACACGUGCACAUCUACACACGUGCACAUGGCAAGCGCACACUUCGACUCGCCGUGGCCUGAUUUCACGCGUUCCCAUCGUCCUCGGUUCGUCCGGCUCUACAAGACGCGGUCCUCAACCUGUGACCGCUGUCAACGAGGUCACACAAAGCUGCUGCUGCCACACGCAAAAGACAAAGAUCCCCCCUGUAGCCUCUAACAGACUGUUGGGGCAAGUGCUGCGAGCACCUACGAAGGCCGGCACGGUGACACAAGCGGGCGAGUUGCCAGCAGCACGCCCGGCCGCCUUUGUCUCUCCGUCUUACACACCGCACCAGGGAGCUCGUUUGAGGCCGAGUCGACCUAGGGGAGGUACAGGUCUGAUUCAAAUAUCCCACACCGUUGUUGGUCGCGAGCGGCGAUCGGAGCCGGGUCGCCGGGUUCUUAGCGGGGUGCGCUAACCGCUGCACCACCGCUCCCCACCACUGUCCCUCGGAUUAUGAGAAUGCUGGGUACGAGCACAUCGAUUGUGAGGGUCAAGAGUAGCACGUGCUCCGAGCGUUCGUGCCUGAGGCCGAUAAUCACGACUCCAGGGGCAAGGGAAGCGGGCGGCCGCGUUUAUUGUCACGGUGAGAACACACGGCGGUAAUAACCAGGGCGGCCACUGGAUCCGAGCAGCGUCAGAGCGCUCGUCAUUGGGGUAAUGCCGAUGUGCGCUCACGCCGGUUCUUGACAAAGGGGCCGUCCAUAAAUGACGUCAUGUGACGAUGUGUGACGAGUAGGGGGGGGGGGGUUGAGGAAUGUGACGUCACAUAAAAAUGCGCAACUUUAAAUAUAGAAAUGUCAUAACAACACUAACUGUUAUAACAACACUCCUACAACAUCAGAGUGCAGCGCCACAUGAAAUACGCACUACAAUGGCAAUAGUUCAAAGCGAUUUGAAGCGUGUUUUAUUUUCAAAAUGGAAAUAUGGUUUUAAUUUGGGGGGGGGGGGCAGAGCUUUGUGACGUCAUUUGAGGAGGGGUCUGACUUUUUGUGACGCCGUGUGACGAGGGGGGGGGGUAAAAAAUCGUCCAAAAUCUCGUGACGUCAUUUAUGUGCGGCCCCACAAGGAGGAUGCCGACAUAUCUGUAGUGCUUUGCGAGUGUUGAUGUUGAUGUUGUUGUCCCGUCGUGCGUGCCUCUUCUCCGCAAACUCGCGUUGCCUUUCACGAGAAAACAUUCGUCGAGGAAUCGGUUGAAACGACCCCUCUUGAAAACAAAAGUAAAUCGUCUUUAGACUCGGUGAGGCUUUCCUGAAUAAACGACUCUUGACGCUU